UGGUUGCUGGGCCGGGGAAAUGGCGGCUCCAGGAGAGAGCGGGGCUUCGGCUGGCGGAGGGAGCACCGAGGAAGCAUUUAUGACCUUUUACAGUGAGGUGAAACAGAUAGAGAAGAGAGAUUCCGUUCUAACAUCCAAAAAUCAGAUUGAAAGAUUGACCCGUCCUGGUUCUUCCUACUUCAAUCUGAACCCAUUUGAGGUUCUUCAGAUAGAUCCUGAAGUGACAGAUGAAGAAAUAAAAAAGAGGUUUCGACAGUUAUCCAUAUUGGUACACCCUGACAAAAAUCAAGAUGAUGCUGACAGAGCACAAAAGGCUUUUGAAGCUGUGGACAAAGCUUACAAGUUGCUACUGGAUCAGGAACAAAAGAAGAGGGCCCUGGAUGUAAUUCAGGCAGGAAAAGAAUACGUGGAACACACUGUGAAAGAGAGAAAAAAGCAAUUAAAGAAGGAAGGAAAACCUACAAAUGUGGAGGAGGAUGACCCUGAGCUGUUCAAACAAGCAGUAUAUAAACAGACCAUGAAACUCUUUGCUGAGCUGGAAAUUAAAAGGAAAGAGAGAGAAGCCAAAGAGAUGCACGAAAGGAAGCGACAAAGGGAAGAAGAAAUUGAAGCUCAAGAAAAAGCCAAACGAGAAAGGGAGUGGCAGAAAAACUUCGAGGAAAGUCGAGAUGGCCGUGUGGACAGCUGGCGAAACUUCCAAGCAAAUACAAAGGGGAAGAAAGAGAAGAAAAAUCGGACCUUCCUGAGACCACCCAAAGUAAAAAUGGAGCAGCGUGAGUGACCACCUGGGGUCACAGCCACAGAACCUUUUCCCAACUGUCUCCCCUCCUGCUUUGAAGGACUCAUUCUUUCCUCCCAUUUCCACCCCAACAUAGAGUAGUAGUUGCUUUUUAGUCCAUUUUGUUUUCAAUACAAUUUAAUAUCGAUCAGAGUAAUUCUUUUGUACAUUGAAAUGAGGGGCUCAGUUUAAAACGAAACCUUCCCCACCCCCUACUCUUAGACCAACCAGGAUUGGAAGGUGCCACCACUGGUGUUGCCUUCUCUUCCCACAGCCUGUAACUUAAUGUUUUGUACUUCACUGAAUUGUGAUGGUUAGAAACUUCGUGUAUAGUUUGUGGAAAUCAUCCAAUUAAACAUAUUGCUUAAAAUGG